ACUGACAAAAUUAUGUAAAUAAUUAGCUUUCAAACGCCUUUCUUCUUUAAGUAUGACUUGGAUAACUCUACUUACAAAUUUGUAGUUGUUGAUGUAACGGUAGCUUCUUUUUAUAUCUAACGGAACCUGAAUCUAAACGGUUAAUAACGGCAUUGAAGCUAACAUGGGAAAUGUAGUUCAGCACAAAGUCUCUUUAGAUUUACAUGGUUUUGGUUGAACAAAUGUGGCUACGUCUCGGUUUACUUUUCUCUUUUCCAGAAAAGAGCUGCAGUGUUUCUGAGCCUCAUCAUGAAUGUCUUCUUUCUGCUGAGUAGCUUUGGCCUCGCCAUCACUUCUCUCAGCAAUGUUCCAAACCCAGUGGAGGAUCAAACAUGCACUUGAGGGAUGAGUACAUUACAAAGAGCACGUUUGAAGAUGGGGCCAGUGUCUCUUUUAGCUGUGCUCCUGGCUACACAUCUGCUGGAGGGUCUCCGCAGAUCACAUGCUCAUCUGGCGCAUGGAGCGCUCUGCGGCUGAAAUGCGAGCGGAGGAACUGUGGCGCUCUUCCAGAAGUGAGUCGAGGUGAUAUUGAAUAUAAAGAUGGGACUGAGUUUGGUGAUACCGCUGUGGUCACUUGCAGAUCAGGCUACAUGUUAGUUGGGCAAUCGGUAUUGAGAUGUGAGGUCCAGGGAUGGACGGGGAGGGUGCCAACAUGUGAUGAGGUGAAAUGUGUUACUCCAGCUGAAAUUGUAAAUGGGAGAUUCAGUCCAAAGAAGGACUUUUAUGGUUAUAGAGAAGUUGUGCGGUACUCCUGCAACAAAGGCCUUGAACUUCGUGGAUCCAGGGACUUAUUUUGUUCUGAAGAUGGGAAAUUCUCCUCUGCUGCCCCAACCUGUGUCCGAGUUGAAUGUAAAGACCCUGUGAUUAUAAAUGGAUUUUGGGAAUCUGGCUCUCGACCACCGCACAAAUAUAAGGCUACAGUGACAUUUAAAUGUAAACCUGAAUACACAAUGAUUGGAAAACCUACAGUGACUUGUAACAUAGAUAGCAAGUGGUCACCUGGUCUUCCAAAAUGCACCAGGAACGGGAAUGCUCUUGUGGGAAACGGGAAUGCUCUUGUGGGAGGACUUACUGGUGCACUAGUAACCAUCCCAAUCCUGUUGGUUCAAAACUACUGGAUGUAAAAAUGUCGCCCUAAAAAGAACAACGUGACGUCUGAGGGAAUCUGCCUUUCAUUUGCUGGAAUUCAGUGGAAGUUUACCACUACAACAUGAGCGCUUCAACCUCAAUCUCUCUUUUAUGAUUCAAGUAACUUUCAUGAUUUUUAGAGUUAAAAAUAUCCUGUAACAAUAUGCUGUAAAGACAUUCAUUAUUACUCCCAUCAUUGUUUCUAUAUGUUAGCACUACAGUAGAGUCUUGGUUGUUUUAAGUGAAAUUUAACUGUUUAAAAUCUUUUUUUAAUGUGUUAUUUAUUAUAGUUUAUCAAGCUGUUUGUGUUUAAGGUUCGCACUGAAGAAAACUUUAGGCUCUGUUAAAACACUCAUAAGUGCCUUUGCUGUGGCCAUCUUUCAUAUACCUGAAGGGAAAAAGCCAUGUGUUGUAAAUUAUUGUUUGUGUUAGUUUUCAAAUGAAAUGCCUUUUUUUUUUUACCACUUGUUGAAUGUUUGCAUUAAGAAUGUACAUAUUAUUUAAUUGAAUCAACCAAGUUAUAGACAGAAUCAAAGGAAAUCAGUUUACCAAAAACCUUUUAGUUGUUUAUGUCAGUAAUUGUAUCUACUUACUGUUUUAGAGUAUUUGAACACUGGUAUUGACUGUCAUCUCAAAGUAAUUUUGUGAAUGUAUUCUCAAAAAAUGUUUGCACUUUUUCCACUCUUUGGCAAAUUUUAUAUGAGGACAUAUUAGUUGAUAUAAUUUUGAUCAAACCGAACUUGAAGUUCUUCAAUAAAAUAAGAAACCUAA